CAGAAGUUGUAAAGAAGCAGGAGGGGAUGCAGCAGCAAGCACAAGAGGACCUGAGGGAGGGGCAGCAGCAGCUCACUGAAUAAAGAGACAAGCCGUGACCAGUGCUGGGGAGUAACCUGUUUUAUAAAGAUCCUGUCUCAUUCCAGGAUACAAGUAAGGGAGGAGAGGGAGCUCAGGCAGGUAGCAGGGUGACUCUGCACUCAUUCCUCCCUAAGCCAACCAGCAUGGAGCCCCCUGAGGAGCUGAGAGAGCCCAGUCCAGAGAGGCAGCCCAGGAGCCACCGCAAAGGACCCUCACGGUCUGGCUCCCCGCAAAGGCUUAGGUGCCAGAGAAGAAGUUCCUCUUCUGGGAGCAGGAGCGCGCUACCCACUACCUCUGAAAGGCGAAAUGAAAGAGAGAGGAACCGGGUGAAGCUGGUGAAUCUGGGCUUCGCUAAGCUCAGGCAGCACGUACCACAAGCACAGGGGCCCAACAAGAAGAUGAGUAAAGUGGAGACUCUGCGAUCCGCGGUUGAAUAUAUCCGGGCGCUGCAGGCUUUGUUACUGGAGCGGCAGUCCGGCAGGGAUGGGCAGGGGUCUGACGGCUUGUCACCGUGUAGCAGCAGCUGCUCGCCAGACUCGGGCUCCAUGUCAUUGUCACCCGGAUCCUGCUCAUCGUCUGAGGAAAGCUCCCGAGAGGACGGCGGUGUGUCAGUGGCAGAUUUCUUACUGACCCUUCAUGGCUGGGCAUAGCAUGAGUCUUCAUCAUUCAACGACUGCCUAAAGAAAUGUACUGCGGUGCAUCGGGAAAAAAGCCCAUUAUCUGAACCACAAGAAGACCUUAAAAGGACACCUUGCUUCUGACACUACAGAAAAUAAUAUAUUCAGAAAUAUUUAUAUGUGAAGAUGUACAUAUCUGCUGGCAUUUUAUGCUGAUAACUGUAUUUAAAAACUAUUUUAGGGGUUGUACAUUGUGUAUAAUCAGUAUUUAUCCUCCUUUUGGUUGUCUAAAUGUUUCAGAAGACGAGCCCUGAAGUGGGGUUCGUAUGGAGAAUAGGAAGCACACUGGCAAUCUUCUAUAAGAGUUUUUUUUUUUUUUAAAUUCACUGGGACCACAAAUCUGUCUCUUGAGAAGCUAAAAGGGAGUUCAUUGUAUUCUCAAAUCCUUUCUUUUUAUGGAUCUGAAAGAACGAUGUUUGCAUAGAGCAUUUAUUCUCUGGAGGCAAAAACAAGAAUUGAAGUUUCAAGUCAGAUUUACACUACUAAUGGAACCAAGAGUAAACAGGUCCGAAUCAAAAGAACCAAACCUUACAGGCUGAGAAUGCCUAGCACACAAUGUGUACAUGAAAAGCCUUUUAUGCCUGGCUUAACCAGUACCUUGCCAUGACAGAGAUGCAUCAGACGUUGCUGUCAGAUGGGGCUUAUCUCUAUAUUGUUUCAGUUACAGCAGCUACAGGGCACAUAGCUGGUUUGUGUCUCCUCCAGUAUAAAGCAUCUUACUACAAGUCACAUUGGUCCCAAAUGUGCCCAGCAGAAAACCAACUCGUUAUUAAAUAUAAAAUUCUGCGCUUUUAUUGAAUAACUACCAUUGUGCACUUAGUAAUGGAUUUCAGCUGUAUAUACAGUCAUCUUUAGAGUUUAAAACUGUAAUAAAUCUACCUCCAACUGUCUUUUUAAAGUGCCAUUUUUGGACUGUGUAAGGGGUCUAUUACACAGACAAUUAUUUUAGUGACAUUUUUUUAAAGCUAUUUUACAAAAUCUGAGAAAGUAUAAUACUUUUUUUUUACUUGUAAAAUGUAUAUGCUUUGUAAAUGACUGUAAUAACUUGGCAGCAAAAUGAUUUCCUGUGGCAUUUGUGUUAAAUGUCCUUUGUUUGUAUUGACAUUAUAUGUAUAUGUACUCAUAGCCAUAACAGUCCAAACAGAAAUACACAGAAAUGCUUUUCACUUUUAAAUACAAGUAUUUUUGCAGCAAACUUGUAUUAGCAAAAUUGCCUCUAGUAAAAACUAUGACGGUUCCAUUGAUAUGUUAUAUAGUGUCCAGGAGCAUUUAUAUACCUUUAUGCACAGAGAGCCUCCAGUGGCUUAUUGAGAGAACAGAGGGACUCAAUUUGUGUCAUCAUCUCUCAUGCAGUAUGAGCAUGAAAUCAGGUGCGCUGAAACAGAAUUAGCUGUAAAUAGAAACUUUUUUUUCCUUUCAUGAUUUAGAUAGAGAUUUUAAGUCAAUUUCCGAUUUACUUCUAUUAUCAAAUGUGAUUUGUUCAUUUGCUAUCCUUUGUUAAAGGAGCAGCAAUGUACUACUGGGAGCUAGCUGAACACAUUCGAUAAGCCAAUGAAAAGGCAUAUAUGUGCAGCCAUCAAUCAGCAGCUAGCUCUCAAAAUGUUGGGUUUCAUAUUGAAAUUUGCUAUAGAACAUUUUAAUUUUAAUCAUUUAAAUACUGCCAGUCUUUGCUACAGAAGGUAAUUUGUAAUGCAGAGUAACACUUUUAACCCAUUCACUGCCAAACGUUACAUUGCCACCCUCUUAGCAAAAGAGUUAAUGGAAUACGUUUCAGUAAUCCUCUGCCUGUAGUGUGUAGCAUUCUGUUAUAGAAUCAAAUUCACCUGUUUCAGUGCCAGACAAUUAAAGGGACAGUAAACACCUUUAAUGACAUUUGUCUGCGGUCUUCCAAUAGUCUAAUAUAUAAGAACAGAUUAACACUUCCUUUACUAAUAUUAUUUUAUAAUGCCAAACUCCACACCCCUCACUUUCCUUAUCUUGAGGAGCCAACGUAGACUUGCAUCUGGAGAUAUCAGGGCUUGCCACUGUCAUUGCCUUAUAUUGUUUUGUCUUUUUGCAGACAUGAUAAGACAGUACACUGCAAAUUAGGGAGAGAUGUGACAUGGUUAGACUUGUAAAACACCUCAUGUUCUCUUUCAGUUUUCAAGAGCAGAAAAUCAAAAUCUUCAGACAAAUUACAGGAAAAUGGGGCAAUGAAAGUAGUUUGUAAAGUGAUUUUCCUAUGCACAAUCAAACAUUUUAUAUUACAGUGUUUAAUGUUGCUUUAAUUAAGGCAUUGCAUCAAGGUUCUUAUUUAGCCCCUUCUUUGUUAAAGCCUAAGAAUUCACUAAAAAUGUACAAAAAAAAAUGGGCAAAAUGAUCAGUAAAUGCCAAAAGGAAAUAUGGUAAAUGGCUGAAAUUUGUAAGAAGAAAGAACAAAAUAAAAUCUUUCAAACAAGGAGGAACACCAACAGUCCUCUCUGAUAGAGACAUGUGCCUUAAAUCUGCAGCCUGUGGGGUGGGACAUAAUCUGUUAUUCAGGGCUGCUGAGGAUGGCAAACUUCAACAAUUCCAAGUGCACUUUUCAGCUGGAAAGCUCAGAAUACUGGACAAACUGGAUGUUUAACGCAAAUGCGAACAAGCCUUCAUUUUAUACAGAACUGUUAUUUAUUUGUAUAUAAACAUUUAUUUUAUAGAUUUUUCUAACCCAAACAUUUUCCACAAUCUAAGAUAUUUUUCUAAUUAAAAAUUUCAUUUAAAUGUUA